AUGAUAUGUGUAAAAUGUAUCUUUAUACAACUAUAUGUAUUUGUGCCUGCGCAUGCAUUUGGCAAAAGUUUCAUCCUAUAUAAACACUCAUAUGCACAGAUAUUUACAGCUCCGCAAAGCAAACCACAGACGCAAACACGUAAUGGCUCCUGCCAAACAGUCAGGAGGGUGUUUCAUUCCACAAGGGGGCGAUGGCUUACAGACCGAGAGAAGCUUGCAGCCUCAGGCCUGGCAGUUUCACAGGUGCAGGCAACUUUGGCUGGGAUCUUGGGCCCAGUACCGUGGGAAAUUGAUGCAAUGUGGGGACAAAGAGUAGGCAAUGGGCAACAGCUUCAGAACGUGGGGGUUGUCCUCAUAGCAGCACUUGCAUCUUUGAGGAUUCGAGACAAAGCUCCUAUGAAUUUGCUAGCCAUUGAGCCACCAUCCUUCCCGGACGGCUUGUCAUUUCAGGAUGGUGUGUUUUUCUUGCUUGUUGGCGGUGAAACCUUUUCACUGGGGCCUUCCAAACCUAUGGCCCUGGACAUUCACAAGAGGACACAUGAGGAAAGGCUACAAUUCGAGUCCAUGACCGUCGCAGAGUUGAAAGCCAAAUUGGUCGAGUGGCACGUUGAUCUCAAAGGCUUCAACAAAGGGAAGAGCAAGGCGGACAAGAAACAGGUUGUUUUGGAGAGUUGGUUCAAGAAGUUCAUGGUGCCAGAAAUCACCAGCCCCAAGCCACAGAAGGGUACCAAGUUCCAGUCUGCAACUGCCAGCAAGGCAAAGCAGAUUGAUGAAGCUCUUGCAUUUACUUCAGAAGUUUCCACCGAAGAAUCUGAGGAGAAACCUGAGUACUUGGCGAAAAUCCUGCUACUCCAGAAGGAGUGGCUUGACAAGAUCAUUGAAGGGAACAAAACAUUCGAGCUGCGAAAAACCUCCAUUUCCUCAAGCUCUACAGGUGAAUCCUUCUUUCUGGCGGCCAAGAGCACAAUCUAUGCGAAGUGCGUGAUAUCGCAUUCUCUCACCGUUUGCAACCUGGAUGAAUUUGAGAAGCUGAUGCCAGCACAUCAAUGCCCAGAACCUCCUUAUUCAUUUCCAUUUGUGGCCCACCGUGUGAGCAAAGUGCAGGCAUUGAAACCCAUUGAGUUCUUGAAGUUGGACUCAUGCAUUGGGAGAUCCCUCUACCGGCCUUUGGGAUGGAAACCAGACUAUGUGCCUGAGACAGAAGAAUCCAGUGCAGGAGCCGACAUUGAGAAAGGUGAGGCUGAAAAAGAUGUGAAAUGCAAAGGAAAGAAACCGAAAAGUCUGCCAAAGAAAGGAUCCACAGCGAAGGAGAAACAGGAUGCCAAGUCCAAAUUUGCUUCCAAGGCUUCUAAACCUUCUUUGGAGUGCAAAUCAUCCUUGAAGGUGGGGUCAGGAGACAUGCUAGAUUCUCAGGAUGUGAAGGUGCUGAGCCACAAAGACCACCUACAACCCAGCAAGGCACGUUUGGAGAAGAAAAAGAAGUUUCUGGCCAGAAAAGACGCAGUGAUUGAUGUCCAGGUCUCCGGUGGUUUGCUCUCUCAUCUCAACAAUGAAGCUUUCAGCAGGGAUGAUUUGACACUGGCAUUCUUGGUUGGUACUUUUGGGAGCGGUGGCAAGGUUGAUGUUCGAGGCAUGUGGUGCGAUCGGAUUGAGAAUGUUUAUGCUUCACAGUGGCAAAAUGAAGAUUUGAAAGCUCUUUGUGAAAAGAAACAAAUGGAGAUUGUUGGCACCUGCGUGGUCAAACCUCGCUCCAAUGCCACGCUGAGUUCAGCAGAUUUGGCCAUGGCCAAGAAACAUCAGACAGAAUGCAACCCUGCAUUUGUUACCGCCAUCACUGGAAGCGACAAGAUGACAUCGUUUUUCCGCAUCGCUUCAGAAGAGUUGGAGGCUACUGAGGUCAUUGAAGAGCAUGCACGCCAGAUAGAUCCCAAGGUUCUGUGGGUGGGGAAAGGAAGCCUUUACUUUGUCCACUUUACCUGGGAGCACUCCGCUGUUGCGGACCUAGUUGGUGAGGCAGCUAAGGAGAAGAAAUCUGAGCCAGGGUUCCAUGAUGCGAAAGCUGUUGCUCAUCUAGGUCAAAUAGCGGGAGAGCUGGGGGAAAUUGCCAACUACCUGUGCUUGAGACUGCCAGACUUUGCAGCGGGACCUUUCAGCCCACAGCACCAGCUCUCUUUUGAGGAAGACUUGGGAAAGUGGCCUUUGGCAUUGGAGGAGUUGAGAAAGGUCAAGCUGAACAAGUGUCCCAACGAUGUUGGUGAAGCAGGUCGCAUGUUGAGCAGCGUUCAUCAAAUGAAGUCAAACCUUGAGCUGAGGGCUACCAAAAGAAGACUCAAUCCCAGCCAUACCUACGAUGGUGUGAAGUGGAAGAGACUCAGAGGAACCCCUUCGUCAGCAUGCAAAAAGUCCCCUUCCACAGCAUCAGCAUCUAGAGAAGGAGAGCCAGAGCCGUCUUCGGGGCCUUCGUCGCUUUCCCCAGAGACCAGUUCAGAACCACCUGCAGAACAAUCUUCUUCUUCGUCUGCCACUGGGAUCUUUGAGGAGGACAGGAAUGAGGAGCAGGGGGACGAACAACUACAAAUAGUUCCUGCCGAAGGGAAUGCUGACGAGGAUGAAGCUUGUGAGGAGGAUGGGGAGGAGGAUGGCAAGCUGAAAAGAUGUGGGGCAAAGGUGCGCGUGAGGCACAGCAUCUACCAGAAAUUGCAAGUGAUCAGGGAGUUGGACAGAUUAUUGGAAGAAGGUCAAAAACAUGGCCUGGAAAAGAAAAUCAUGCAGACCUUUCCGCACAUCUUCAUGGGAACCAGAGGCUCGCUCAAAUCAGGAAUGUUGGGCCGCUGGUUGGUGCAGUGUGACGAGCAAAAGUGGCGAGAGAUUCCAUUUGAAAGAAUGAACGAGGAAGACAGGAAUAUGAAAGAGCUACCUGACUGGAUCCGCGUGGCCUUCGGCAUGGUGCCUAGAGGCCUGGAGCGUUUCAAAGAGGGCAGCAACGUACCACCUGUGAUUUCGAAAGCCGUCAUCUCAAUGGUCGAGCGGAUCACGUGUGGGGGGGACAAUUCUCGCCAGACUUGUGGCACCUUGGACGUGAAGGAUGUGAAGCUGGAAGCUGAACGCCUUCUGAAAGUUUACCAUGAAGCACAAGAGAAGGAGGCAGAGGAAAGAGGGCUGGAGGCACCAGCGCAAAAGUCCGAGGUCAGCAUACGGUGGGUCAACAGGAUUCUUGAACACUAUGGGUGGAAGCGCAAUGCGCCGAAUACACACGGCGCUUAUCUGGAUUAUGAGGAUGAGCGCAUGAAGAAAUCCAGGAAGUGCUGGGAAUUUUUGAGGUUGACCAAGGGCGUUCGCUUGGACCUUUCGCUCAAUUUCGACCAAGUGUGGAAAGCGUCAUGGACUUCCCCAAAAAAGGUUCUCAACCGCACCAUUGAGACCUCAUGUCCCUCCAUUGUUCUCAGGGGGAAGCGAGAAAAGCUUUGGCAUGAGCUUCAGCAGCUACACGACGCUCGGGCAGACAAUGUCGAACAAGCACGUCACUCAAUCACAGUGGUGACAUCCCUGUGGGCAUCUGGCGAGUGUGGCCCUCUUUGCAUUGUUCUACCUUUGGGAUUUUUGAGUGAUGGGGAUCUGGGCACUUUGCAGCAGAAAUAUUCCCCAGACGUCUAUUUCAUCAGCUCAAAGAGUACCUCCCACUUCAUGACGGCCGACACAGUUGUGACCUACUUUGAUGAUGUCCUUGCCGAUGCCUUUGCGCGGCGUCGAAGACUUCUAGCACAUCGCUAUGGAAAGUCUUUUGACGAUGAGUGGGGGGCCAUCCUUUGCGACUCAUUUUCAGGGCACCAUGCAAUGGCUGGGGGAAGAGAGCUCUUCAGUGCAUCUUCCAAAGUACUACUACCAGAGAAACAACCAGGUGGCUGGUCUGCUCGAGGGCAACCAUGCGAUGCAGUACACAGUGUGUUCAGGAAGUACAUGACCUACUACAGUGAAAGCCUUCUUGGAUACCGGGGGAAGAUCCUUGACAGUGCCUACGACGCACCGCUGCUACUGUCCAAUGGAAACAGGUGGGCAUGGUUGUCGAGAGGCAUGGCAAGUUACGAGGAGAUGAGCGAAAUCUCACCAGAUCAAGUUUCAGUGGAGCAGUUGAAGGAAGAAAUGCCUGCCUGCGAGGCAUUUGCCCAUGAAGACUUUGAGCUUCAUGACUCAAUUGAUGAGCUUCUCGAAAAGCCUGACAUCAAUCGGACCACUUUUCUGUGGCAGAUUGAGAGCAGCCUGGCCGGAGAAGAUAUGGAAGAUUGGGAAAAGGAGGACGCCGAGGCAUUUUGGCUUCACAGGCAAGAGAAGUUUGGGGAGGAUGAUGUGAAGACCAAGAACGCCUUGGAGAAGUACCAGCGGGCCAAAAGCGGAGAGGGGUCCGUUAGUGUCAUUCUGAUUUCCAAGAGCACAGGCAAGGAGAUGGGUCAGAAGGUUUACCAGAGAUGUGUUCUCAAGAAGGAUGGAGAGUUUCAGGUGGCUGUAUCCCACCAUGUGGUCGCAUUCAAGUUGAACAUGAUGGAUCUGACACUGGAAGAGCUUUCGAACCCACCGGUGACGAGAAAUUUGAGGAUCGUUUCGGUGACUGGCCGGAGCCGAGAGAUCCAAGAAGUUCGUUUGCAUUUGAACCUUUUGUCCCUGAACCAAAGCCAUUUGAUGGGAGCGGGUUCCUUUGGUGAAUGCAACGCCGCUGCUUCUUCCUCGGCUUCGAAAGAUGUCUCCAACCAAAAGGGGCAGAAGGAAGAGCAAGACGGGAUCGACAAAGAGCUCGCAGCAUUGGACGAAGGUGAGUGUGACAUGGAGAACGCCGAAGAUGGCAUGGUGGUUGACGAUCACGCACAAGGUGGUCAGCAAAAUGCAGAAGAGGUUGCAGUCAUGCCGUAUGAGAACGGUGAUGAUGAACUCUUUGGCCCAAUGAACAUGGAGGAAUCCUUUGAUUUCAGCGAUUUCGGUGAUGAAACUGUGUGGAAAGUAGGGGAUGGUGUUUCCUUUGUCGUUUCACAGGAGGAUAGCUCUCUUGAUGAGAAAAACCUUGACCCUCCUGAAAAGCCUGUGGCAAAAGCCAUUUCGGGCGACAGUUUCAAGGAUGUUCCAGCUUUCCAGUUUUUGGAAAAAAUCAAUAUGACCCUGUUGCCAAACAUUCCUGGAACAGGAAUUGGGAUUCACCAUACUACGAACACCUGGCAAGUACGCUAUCCGGCUGCAACCAAAAAAUCAGUUGCCCGGACAUUUGGUGACACCAAGAAAGGGUUUGUUUAUCCGGUCCAAGCACUUUUAGAGUGCCUUCUUUGGGCGUGGCAGCAGCACUUGGAAAAAAAUCCAUUCUGCGCCACUUCCAAGGAAAGAAUUCAAGUCAUCCAAGGUGCAUUGAAAGUGAAUUUGGGUCACGAUGUGGCCUAAAUGUACAGUUACAGGAGCAUGCAUACCAUAGCAACUGGACAAGGGAUACACUGUUAGC